AUGGAGAGUUUGUGUCCCUUAGAAAAUAAUUGUUUUAUAUUUCCUCAUAAGGAUAAUAAAUAUAUUAAGAAGCAUUUAAAAAAAUGUCCUUUAUAUUUAAAAAACUUAUACUUACAUUACACUCCUUUUCAUUUCCCUUAUAUUAAUGAUAGUAAUAUAUAUAUAUUAAAACAUAAUGAUGUGGAGAAUGUGUUAAAUGAAUAUUAUAUAUUAUUCAAUAAUAUAAUACUAGACAGAGUAAAAAAAAUGAGUAUACCUAUAAAAACAUUUGAUACUUUUUUAUAUAUGAAAUAUAAUUUAUUACUAGUAUGGUAUAUGAAAUAUGGAAAGGAUGCUUUCUUUUCUAUGUUAGAAAAUGAUAUAUAUAAAGAAAAGUUGGAUAAAAAAAUAAAUAAUAAUAUAAAUAAAAAUAACAUUGUGGAUAUUAAUAUAGAAGAGCAGAAUUUAUUAUUAUAUAUUCAUAUUAAUAAAUUAAAAAAUUUCAUAUCUAAUAAAAGAAAUUCAUAUAACAAUAAUAAUGAGUUUAAUCAGAAAUAUUGUGUAAACAAGUUUGUAAUAGAAAAAAAUACAAAAUAUACACCUCAUAUAUAUAAUAUUAAUAAUAUUUCUUUAGAAGAAAAUGGUAAUAAUUAUAAUAGUAUAGCUACAGAAGAACAACAUUUUUGUGAUUCUAAAAAAAUUAAUGAUAAUAAUAAAAAUUGUAGUUCACUUAACAAAAAAAGUGACUAUAAUAAAAUGGAUGAUAAUAAAAAUGAUGAAAAAAAUAAAUAUAUUUUGCCUAUGUUAACUUUAAAAAAUAUAGGGAAUAUUCAUAAUUAUAAAAUAACUAGGGAUAUAAUAAAUUAUGUGGAUGAGUUUGUAUUUAAGUCUUCUGAUUUUUUGUAUGAAAAAGAAAAGAAAAGCAAAGAGGUAAAGAUAAAAAAAAAUGACGAUAAUAAAAAAAAAAAUAGUGGUGAAAAAAAAAAAAAAAGUGGUGAUAAAAAAAAUGAUGAUAAUAAACACAAUAGUGGUGAUAAACCAUAUAGUGGUGAUAAACCAUAUAGUGGUGAUAAACCAUAUAGUGGUGAUAAACCAUAUAGUGGUGAUAAACCAUAUAGUGGUGAUAAACCAUAUAGUGGUGAUAAACCAUAUAGUGGUGAUAAACCAUAUAGUGGUGAUAAACCAUAUAGUGGUGAUAAACCAUAUAGUGGUGAUAAACCAUAUAGUGGUGAUAAACCAUAUAGUGGUGAUAAACCAUAUAGUGGUGAUAAACCAUAUAGUGGUGAUAAACCAUAUAGUGGUGAUGAUAAUGGAAGAAAUAUUUUUUCCAAAAGAAAAGAUAAAAUAUCCUUUUUAUUAAUUGAAAAAAAUGAACUGGACAAAGAUGAAAUUUUCAGUGUUAUAAUUUAUUUAACUAUUUAUCUUUGUUGUAAAUUAAAUAUAAUAAAAAGAAUAAAAAAUAAAAAUUUUAAUAGAAAAGAGAUUGAAAAAAUAAAAGAAGAUGAUAUAUAUUCUAUUUUCUUUUUUUUAAAUAAUAUAGAUAAACAUGAUAUACAAAAUAUAAAUUUAUUAUUUUUACUUAUAUAUUUCAAUGAGUUCUUUUAUAUAUAUUUUUAUAAUUUAUUAAAUCAGAAAAACAUAUUUAUAUCAUCUACAUACAAAAAAAACAUACAGUCUUUAUUUAUUGAACUGGGUGCAGGUAAAGCAAAUACUACUAGGUGGAUAAAUUUUAUUAUGAACAACCUAAGAGAUAUCUUGAACAAAUACAAAAUUUAUAAAGGACUAUCAAAAAAUGAUGAUAAAAAUAUGUGCUAUAUAAAUAAUGAUAACACCAAAAAUAAUUACCAGAAAAAUAAUUAUCAGCAAAAUAUAUUAUGUGCCAAUGAACAAUCUGUUUUAUUACAUUCCAGUCAAUCAGAAUAUGAAAAAUGUAAAAUCUUAAUUAUUGAAAAAGAAUCUCUUAGAAAUAAAAAAGAAAUGAAAGAUUUCUUUAUGCAAAUUGAACAAAAUAAUAAUGAAAAUAUUCUAAGGAUAAGAACAAAUGUAUCAGAUUUUAAUUUAAAUCAAUUUAUUCAUUUUAUAAAACAUAAAAAUCUAAAAAACAAACAUUUCUUAGUACCAGAUAUUAUACAAUUUUAUUAUUAUAAUGAUAUAUAUAAAAAUAUACAAAACCAAAAUCAACAAUUAAACACAAAGGAUGAACAAAUUAAAUAUAUUACACAUAUUCAAAAUUUUAAUAAUGAUAAAACGUCUUUUUUUUCUGAGCAGUUUUUAAAAAAUAAUUUAUUAUGCAUUGAGACCUACUUGGAUAUUAAUGUGCAAAAGCUUUACACAUCUUUAACCCAGGGAAAUAAUAACCUUAAAAAGGUCUACAACAGUGUUAAUAAUUUUUUAAAAGAUUAUGACUUUCAAAAGGUUACAUAUUUAACCAAGCAUUUAUGUGGAAAUGGCACUGACUUAGCCCUAAGAAUGUUAGUAAAUAGCGUGAAGGAUAACGUUGUAGAAAAUUAUUUUAUCUUAGCUCCUUGCUGCCACCAUAGGUGUGAAGUUAAAAAAAUUGUGGGGUAUAAAUAUUUAAAAGAAUUAAAUAUUGAGAAGAAUUUUUUCCAACACGUGGUGAAUCAUAUGUCUGGAUAUGCUUCUUGUAAUGUCCCAGAAAAAAAGUCCAUUGGAAAAAAAAUAAAACUUGUUAUUGAUUUAUCAAGAAUCCUUUAUCUUUUGGAGGAAGGACUACAAAAUUCGUACUUAAUUAAAUAUGUAAAUAGACACAUAACUUUAGAAAAUUAUGCAAUCGUAUUUUUUAAUCAUCAAAAUUUAAAUUUAACGAACUUCAAAUAUUUCUAA